CUUAGUGGCGCUGCUUCUUUAGGACGAGUGCUGUUUCAAUGAUCAGCAAGAGGGGUCGCUCCGUGUGGUAUUCCACGUUUCUCCCACCACUCCGCCCAAACCAUCGCUGGCCCUUACAGGCGUUCCGAUGAUGGCGGACAGCGCUAGCGAGAGCGACACUGAUGGAGCGGGGAGCACCGCGGCCGCCCCGCAGUCAUCUGCCACCUCUGCGGCUUCCAACAAGCCGGGCAUCGUGAUUUCCCCGUUCCGACUGGAGGAACUGUCGAACCGACUCGCCUCGCUGCAGCAGGAGAACAAAGUGCUGAAAAUCGAGCUAGAGACAUUCAAACUGAAGUGCAAAGCCCUGCAAGAGGAGAACCGGGAUCUGCGUAAAGCUAGCGUCACCAUUCAAGCCAGGGCAGAACAAGAGGAGGAAUUUAUUAGCAACACCCUGUUUAAGAAGAUCCAGGCACUGCAGAAGGAGAAGGAGACUCUGGCUGUCAAUUAUGAAAAAGAAGAGGAAUUCCUCACAAAUGAACUCUCACGAAAACUUAUGCAACUGCAGCACGAAAAGGCGGAGCUGGAACAGCAUUUGGAGCAGGAGCAGGAGUUCCAGGUGAACAAACUAAUGAAGAAGAUCAAGAAGCUGGAGAAUGACACUAUCUCCAAGCAGCUUACCCUGGAGCAGCUAAGGCGUGAGAAGAUUGACCUUGAAAACACGCUGGAACAGGAACAGGAAGCCCUGGUGAACAGGCUGUGGAAGCGGAUGGAUAAACUAGAAGCUGAGAAGAGAAUUCUCCAGGAGAAGCUAGACCAGCCGCUGUCCGCCCCACCGUCUCCCAGGGACAUUUCCAUGGAGAUUGACUCCCCAGAGAACAUGAUGCGACACAUCCGCUUCUUAAAGAACGAGGUGGAGAGGCUUAAGAAGAACCUGAGGAUCACCGAGUUACAGCACACGGAGAAGCGAGCGCAGUACAUCGAGGAGGAGCGGCACAUGCGGGAGGAGAACAUCCGGCUGCAGAGGAAGCUGCAGAGGGAGAUGGAGCGCAGGGAGGCGCUGUGCCGGCAGCUGUCCGAGAGCGAGUCCAGCCUGGAGAUGGACGACGAGAGGUAUUUUAAUGAGAUGUCUGCACAAGGACUCCGCCCACGGACCGUUUCCAGCCCAAUACCAUACACACCGUCUCCAAGUUCCAGCAGGCCCAUAUCACCUGGCCUGUCGUACGCGAGUCACACAGUGGGGUUCACUCCCCCAGCGACCCUGACGAGAGCUGGUAUGUCUUACUACAACACGCCGGGGCUUCACGUGCACGUGGGCACCCCCCAUGGCAUCGCGAGGCCUUCGCCAAGAAGAAGCAACAGUCCUGAUAAAUUCAAACGUCCGACGCCUCCGCCCUCGCCCAAUACACAAUCUGUGGCUCAGCCUCCGCCCCCACCACCCCCGCCCGCACAACCGAUGGUCCUGUCCACAUCCUCCAACGCUGCUCCUUCCCAGAAUUCAGUGCUCCCAUCCACACAGCCGUAGUGCAUGUUCUCAGCUGCAGCGUCAACUAGUGGAAACCGACAGGGCAAGUUAACCCCC